GAAAAGCAUUUUGGUGGGGGUGGGGGGGAAACAUGGCGGCACGUGUGGGUUGUGAACAUUAUGCGCGGAGCUGCUUAUUGAAAGCACCCUGCUGUGGCAAACUGUAUGUGUGUCGACUGUGCCAUGAUGCUGAAGAGAAGCAUCAGAUGGAUCGAUUUAAAGUGAAAGAAGUGCAAUGUUCUGAAUGUCAAACAUUACAACAGGCACAACAGGUAUGCCAACAGUGUCAUGUGCAGUUUGGGGAGUACUACUGUGACAUUUGUCACUUGUUUGACAAGGAUAAGAAACAGUACCACUGUCAUCCCUGUGGCAUAUGUAGAAUCGGGCCACAAGAGAAGUAUUUCCAUUGUGAAAAGUGCAAUUUGUGUUUGGCGCAGGACCUACAGGGGAACCACAAAUGUGUUGAAGAUGUUUCCAGGCAGAAUUGUCCAGUGUGUAUGGAGGAUAUCCACACAUCUCGAAUUGGAGCGCAUGUUCUUCCCUGUGGUCACCUUCUCCAUAAGAGCUGUUUCGAUGACAUGGUCAGAACUAGUGUUUUUCGCUGCCCUCUUUGCAUGCACUCUGUCUGGAACAUGAAGGCACAUUGGGAUCAGAUAGACAUAGAGAUUGCCCAGUCACCGAUGCCAACUGAAUACCAGGGUACCACUGUCAAGAUUAUGUGUAACGACUGUCAAACCCACUGUACAGUGCCUUUCCAUGUCCUUGGGAUGAAGUGCACUGGCUGCGGCUCCUAUAACACUGCACAGGAUGGAGGUCUCAUACAGCAGCCUCAACAACAGCAUCCAGAGCCAGAUAAUGACAAUGUGGCUGAGACAAAUGCAGAGCAGCAACAUGAUCAAGCUGAGACAGCUAUGCCACAUUAGCACAUAUUUUAAACUUUUCUUUUUGCAUUUACUUUUACAAAAGUUGCAAUUGGCUGGCGACCAGUCCAUGUUGUGCCCUGCCUCUUGUCCAAAAUCAGAUGGGAUAGCUGCUCACCAGCUCACCUGUGACCCUAAUGCAAAUUGUAUAGAAAAUGGAUGGAUAUUGUAGAAGUGAGUAAAUAUUUACAUUGUAUAGUUGCCAAUUAUAUUCUGUUCCCGCUUAUUCCCCACAGGUAAGAAGGGAUCAAAUCCGUUUUCACUUUUUCAGUAAACCAAAUUAAUGUAACUUUAUUAGCAAUACAUUGUCUGUUGCCCCCUCAAAUUCAUACUGUUUAUAAGAAUUGUGGGGGAAUCCUGUUUUUUUUCCCCCUGAUAAUUGCUGCAAAAUCUGAUCACAGUAAUUAGGAAUGACUUGUUUUGAACAAUUCCUCAAUAUGUACAGAUUUUGUACUGAAGGAGCAAUGUGAAUAAAAGGA